CUGCUGGAAGGAUCGCCAGCUGCAGAUUACGCCAUCUCGCUCCCUAAAUGUAGUGCGAAGUUUAUUCCAAUAUCAGACAUUUCACCUUCUCACUCAUUGUCCUUCAAAUCGCUCAAGCAGCAAAAGCUCGGACAUGUCACAGCUCAUGAGAUUAUCAACAUAAACAGGUCUUACGGUCUCGCUCCGGAGCUUUUGUGACGCAGCGUGCGUGUCGGCUCGGACGGCCGGAGGGAAACGGAAUGGCGCAUCGCCCGGAUCCUCAUGAGCAUUUUGCUGCUUCACAAUCCACUGGGCAUGGCAAUACCGGACUUCAUGGUCAAGAAAAGCUGCCGAAUUCCGACGAUGACGCCGACUCAUACGAUGAUGACAUUGAUGAAGAUUUCCUUGAUGAUGCCGAUGGAGCUCUACUCAUGACCGACCGAGAUCGAUGGUCAGACCAUAACACCCUCGUCAGUACCUCCGAGCUUUACACCGCGGAGGAGGAGCAACGCGUCAAGCGCAAACUCGACACCCACGUCGUCCUAUUCGUCGCACUCCUCUAUCUCAUUUCCUUCCUGGAUCGCAGCAACAUAGGAAAUGCUCGACUGGCUGGUCUAAUGCACGAUUUGAAUCUGUCCAACAAAGACUAUGAAUGGCUAUUGACGGCCUUCUAUCUUAUGUAUAUUGCGUUCGAAUGGAUGACCAUCUGCUAUCGACUAUUUCCCGCACACAUCUACAUCAGCUGCUGCGUCUGCGCCUGGGGCGUCAUCGCUUCGCUCCAGGCGUUAGUCACAAAUUUUGCCGGACUCGUUGUUCUACGUGCUCUCCUCGGCAUUGGCGAAGCUGCCUUCGUUGGUGUGCCAAUCUACUUGUCUUUCUUUUUUCGCCGCGACGAAUUGGCGUUUCGCACAGGACUCUUCAUUUCUGCGGCGCCACUGGCAACGAGUUUUGCUAGUAGUCUAGCUUACGGAAUCAUGAGCCUUGGUGAUAGCGCAGGCGGAAUUGCCAAGUGGCGACUCUUAUUCCUCCUCGAAGGAUUCCCAGCCUGUCUCAUCGCCAUUUGGGCCUGGGAAUGGCUUCCGGACGGACCAAACUCAAUAAAGUGGCUCACACCACGUGAGCAAGAAAUCGCGUCGCUACGACUGCAAUCUGAAACAGGCUCUUCGAAUACCUCUUCAUCAUCAAAUCCAGCACCUCGCCAUACCAAGCCGUUUCAAUGGGCCCCCAUCCUCCUUACUCUUCGUGACCCCAAAGCCUGGCUUGCCGCAACAAUUUUCUUCGCCUGCAACGUCGCUUUCAGCAGCAUGCCCGUCUUCCUCCCAACUAUCGUCUCGGCCAUGGGAUUUUCACCACGUCUGAGCCAAGGUCUCUCCGCGCCACCCUUCCUCUUCGCAUUCGUGGUCGUACUUUGCACCGCCAUUCUCUCCGAUCGCAUGCGCGACCGGAGUCGUCUUCUCAUGGCACAUGCUUGUCUUGCGGCAUUAGGUUACGCGAUGCUCAUGCUUCCUGGUCUCGGACUAAAUUUCGGAGCCAUUAUUCGCUACCUUGCCGUUUUUCCCAUCUGCGCAGGAUUCUUCUCCGCGGUGACAUUGCUUAUCACAUGGACUGUGAAUAAUCAGCGCUCGGAUGAGGGCAAGGGAGCAGGCGUUGCGCUCCUGAAUUUCAUUGGACAAAUGGGCCCGCUGCUGGGAACGAGAUUAUAUCCCGAUCAUGAGGGUCCGUUUUAUCUGAGGGGCAUGACGGUUUGUGCGGUGGCGAUGGUGACUGCCGCGCUGUUGACUGGCUUGCUGAGGGUGCUCUUGAAGAGGGAGAAUGAAAGGAUUAAAUCCCGUCAAAACGGAAGACGGGAGGAGAUGUUCUUAUAUUUGUUAUGAUGCUGCCUUCGAAAAUAUAUAAUUCGGACGAUGAUUUGACUGAAAUUCAUAUUCGUUAUCAUG